AUGACUAGAGGUGUUCUUGCAGGAGAAUUGGUCUCUUCCAAACAGUGGUUGUCGGGACCUAGUUGGCUAGCUGGAUCAUUAGUACUGGGCAAAGACAAAGUGAUGUUUGAUCAGGUAGAGCGGUUCCUUCAGCCAGAAACUGUGGCCAUUGUAAAUGUAGCUAGAGUGUGGUUGCCAGAAGAUGUUCUCAACGUUGAGAGAUGGGGUACACUUGAGAAAGCAAUUAGAAUCACAGCUUGGGUCGUGAGAGUACUCCAAAACAUGGAUAAAACAAAACAACAUGUCUCUGGAAAAUUGUCCUUACAAGAGUGUGCAACGGCAAAACAGAUAAUGUUGAAACACGUGCAGAGUGUGGCAUAUAGUGCUGAGAUUGAAGCCCUGAAACAGGGAAAGUCUGUAGGAAAAUCAUCACCAUUGUUAAAGUUAAAUCCAGCCAUUGGAAAAGAUGGGUUAGUUAGGAUUGGUGGUAGGUUAGAAAACUCUCAGCUGACAUAUGCUGAAAAACAUCCAGUCAUCGUGCCCAAGGGCAGGUUUGCCACACUUCUUAUCAGGUCUGAACAUUUCAGGGCAAAACAUGCGGGUGUAGAGGCCAUGAUUACGACCAUCAGAGACAACUAUUGGGUUAUAGGACUCAGACAUUUGGCCAAAGCGGUCAAAAGAUCUUGUGUUAGGUGUCAAAGAGUAGAUGCAUUAGCUUGCAACCAAGUUGCUGCCCCUUUACCAGAAUCGAGGGUACAUGAAGCCCCUGUUUUCUCAGUGACGGGCCUAGAUUUUGCUGGGCCGGUGUAUUGUCUAGACUUUCCAGGUCACAAGUUUUACAUACUGUUAUUUACAUGUGGAGUGGUUAGAGCGAUACAUCUUGAGUUGACAGCAUCAUUAAGUCGUGAUGACUGUGUGUUAGCUUUGAGAAGAUUCAUGUCUCGACGUGGAUGUCCCACUAUCCUCUACUCAGACAAUGCUAAAACUUUCAAAGCCACUGAAAAAAUGUUAGCCAAGUUAUCAGGUUCCAGUGGUAUCAAAUGGAAGUACAUUGUUCCGCGUUCUCCCUGGUGGGGAGGAUGGUGGGAACGUCUCGUCCAAUCUGUAAAAAAGGCAUUGAAGAAAACAGUCGGUAACCGAUGUAUAACCAGGACAGAACUAGAAACCAGUCUAUGUGAGAUUGAGGCAUGUAUCAAUGACAGACCUCUGACUUUCGUGGGUGAUCAAGUAGAUGGUAUCAGACCUCUGACUCCAUCUCAUUUUCUGUUGGGCAAACACACUAGCUACCAAACUGCUGUGUCUGAGGAUGAAAGGGUCAUCUCUCAGGAAAUUCUCACUGAAAGUCAAUUGAUACGUCAGAGACAAAUUGACCUGUUUUGGUCAGUUUGGUCCAAAGAUUAUGUGCGCAAUCUCCCACCGACUGUCAACAAACAUCAGGCAAAAGGUAGUUUAGACAUAGGUCAUAUGGUUCUGAUUCAGGAAGACAACACCCCUAGGAUGCAGUGGCCUAUUGGAGUGGUCACUAAACUCUUCCCAGGAAGAGAUGGUUUGGUCAGAAGUGUUGAGUUGAAAACCAAAGGUGGUACUGUUGUGAGGUCAGUACAGAGACUGCAUGAUCUUGAAGUGCAUGUACAGGCUGAACAAGAUGGAGACAGUAAAAACAUUACCCCAUUAACGGUAGUUCAAAAAAAGACUGCUCCAUCAGUUCAUUCUAAUACAGGUCAGGGUAAGGCAGGGAAAACUGACACAGCAACUGGUGCACAGAGCACUCAUAAUACCAGUAACCAACUAAAAGACAAGGCUGUGAAGACACGUCUGGGGAGAGUGAUCAAACCCAAAAAGAGAUUGGAUGUGUAG